GGUGUUCACAUUGAUUGGUGGGUGCCUAAGCGGGUAAUCGUUUUUCUCAAUUCUGCUAUUUGACCAGGAUUUAACGUGUUCCGCCCUGUUAUUCAUCGCUUAUUCCUUGAUGGUGGCAUUAAGCAAGAGACUGUUUUGCCUUGUAGGCUUGCCUUGCCUGUGUCUUACCGGGAAGUUGCCAUCUCCGCUUUUCGUCUAUCCGGUGUUCAAGGGCUCUUUGCAUAUUAAUAUGGACUUGCCACCCGAAGCUCUAUAUCCAUCGCAUCCCCCGACCCUCAUAGCUUUUGACACUAACACUUCACAACUACUAUCAAUCAACGAACAAUUUCUCACAGAGCUAAGAUGGAGACUCAAACUAUCGAGUUCACUGUUGAACAGCUUCUCGACUUACACAGAUAUUGGAUUACAGAACUCUUUAUCAUGGACAAAAAAUCCGAGGAGGAAAUUGUCAAUUUGCUUCAUCAUCAUCAGAUCAAUAUCACUUCGCACACUCUUCACUCUUAUCUCUCAAAUUGGAAUCUACUUACUCCACGAAAGCGAUGAUGAUUACUCUAUCAUAUCUGCAAUCAGCUCGCAAUCAGUACCUGAGAGUUGCAAACAAUAGCCUCCCCCUCCUAUUCUCAACACAGGGCCAACUACGAUUAUCUCAAGUUAUGCCACCAUACUCAGCACAGCCAUUACUGCACUCACAUCCAAAAAUUCUUACCUCAUCCCUAUCACCCCAUCACAGCCAGUCUUGGGAGGUUUAGGCACUAUUCCCAAGUACUCAAUAUGCGUCGAAUCUUACUCGCUCAAUCUUUAAGACUACGAUUGAAGAGCUGUCGAUUCGGAAAGCCCACGGGAACUAUGGAGGGCGAUGAAAGGAACCCGGAAAUACCCGCUUGAGAGCUCUAUGGCUUUGAGAGAAAUCUAUACGUGCUGCUUCGGCGAGGAAUGGGGGAUUGGAAAAAAGUGUUUUGUUUUGUCUUGAUUUGUGAUUCUUUUAUUUAUUUGAUAUUUCUGGGACUAUGUAAAAGGGGAUCACGGUAAUGGGCAACGGAGUUUUCAUUCAUUUGCUGUUUCACCCGCGGUUGUGUGUUAUUUUACAUUUUAAGGCUGGCGAAGGGCGAUUGGCGAUUGGCGAUUGGCGAUUGGAGAUUGCGAUGUGAUAAUGACUGCAAAAGGCUGGAUGACCAGGAUACGGGGAUAUAAAUGGUUCGUAGAUGCCAUGGCGCUGGCAGGAGUACUGCAGUUUGGAGUUUCUUCAUAUGGGUUAUCUGGACGGAUCUGGUCAGAUAUAUGUUGAUCUGAGGGUUUUCUUCCGCGCUUGCCGGAAUUAUAUAGAUUGAUAUCACUACAUUUCUUUCCCUCGCUAUAGCAUAAUGUGCGUAUAACUUUUUUGUUCCUUUUGAUAUACGGUAGAUAGCCUGCGCAAUACCAAACGAGAUCAGAUCGGAUCACCA